AAAAGAGAUUUAUUCAUUUAGUAUAUAGUGUUCUGCCUCCCUGUAUGUCUGCAGGCCAGAAGAGGGCAUCGGAUCCCAUUACAGGUGGUUGUGAGCCACCAUAUGGUGGUUGGGAAUUGAACUCAGGACCUCUGGAAGAGCAGACAGGACUCUUAACCUCUGAGCCAUCUCUCCAGCCCCACAUGCUAAUUCUUAACUGUGUCCUGCUAACUCUUCAUCUAGACACAGACCUUUGUUUGCUUCUUCUAUUCAUCGUCUCUCCUAUACCUGAACUAUAAUUUGCAGCAAUGGCGCCCUCUAGUGUAAAGCUCUCAGUGUAGUUCUUGGGUAGGUAGAGAGGGGAAUCCGGAUUCUUCAACCCUUGGUAGCAACUGGAAUUGCAGCUUCCUAGUAGGUGAGCCCAGGAUCCUUCAACCCUUGACACCAGCCAGCGUUACAAUUUCAAUAUCUCUCAAAAUUGACAGAGAUUCGCACAGUCUCUCUCCCUCUGUGUGUGUGUGUGAGAGAGAGAGAGGAGAGAGAGAGAGAGAGAGAGAGAGAGAGAGAGAAAGAGAGAGAGACAGACAGACACAUGGAAGCCAGUGGUCAACUCUGGCUGUCGUUUCUCAGUUUAUGCCCACCUUGGUUUUGUGUGUGUGGUUUUGAGAUGGGUUCUCUCAUGGGCUUUGAACUUGCCUAAGAGAGUAGCAUAGCUGGCAGGCCAGGGAGUCCUAGGGGAUCCACCUGUCUCUUGCCUCUGCAGCACUGGAAUUACUGUGGAUGCCAAGUUCUACUUUCCCCCUCCCCUUCUCUCUCUCCCCAUAUAUCUUUUAACCUGCUCCCACCAGCAGAAUCAGGCUGCUCUACAAUAUCCUGUGAGUGUCUCUAGUACGUCAAGCUGUUACUGAUGGCCACUGGAGAGAUGGCUCAGCCCUUGCUGUUCUUUCAGAGGACCUGGAUUUGAUCCCCAACACCUAAACCUGGGAGCUCACAACCACCAGUAGGUUCCAGUUCAAAGGGAUCCAACAUUCUGUUCUGACCUCCUCUUCCGCACCAAGAACCCACUUGGUACAUAUGCAUCUAUGUAAAUAUGCAUAAAAAUAAAAAUAAAUAAAAUAAAAAUGAAUAAAUGCUUGCUAUGCAAACACGAGAACCUGUGUUUGGACAUCCUGUACCCGUAUACAGGCUGGGCGGAUCACUGUGUCUGUAACUUAGCACCAGGAUGCAGAGACAGGAAGAUCGCUGGAGCUCAUUGGCUAGUCCAUAAGGAAUCUGCGCUCACCCACCCAAGUGUCAAGAUUCACUAAAAGAUGAAAGAAUAUGUCUCAAAAAAAAAAAAAAGUGUCUGGGGGAGACCCUGUAAAGGCCAGUGCACCAAUAUACAUAAAAAUUAACACGAAAAUGCUGAGUGGGUAGUAGGUGCGGUGAGAGGGAAAGGAUUCUACAGUCAAGUACUGAGAAACAAAGAGGGAAACAGUACUACCUUUAAAACUGAAACUCAUGGGGUUGGGGAUUUAGCUCAGCGGUAGAGCACUUGCCUAGCAAGCGCAAGGCCCUGGGUUCGGUCCCCAGCUCCGAAAAAAAGAAAAGAAAAAAAACAAAAAACUGAAACUCAUUGUUGAAAGAGCAUUAACUAUAUAUAAAAACCCGCUUUUGAAAAUUACUGAGCAUAAAAUUAAAUAUCAAAUGUCCGCCGUACUUAUUUGCUGCUAAAAUUUGGAAGAGUAGUAGGUCAUUCCUUGUCUUUGUUCAAAUUAUUUGCAUAUAUUAUGCAAAUACCCAGACCCACUCGAAGAACGCCUACUCGAAGAAAGUCAAUGAUACACUCUUGUGGGCCCUUUGAUUGGCUUGUCUAUCCACUUCAUUUGCAUGACGUGAUUUGAUAACUAGAAAGCCCCGCCUCCCUGACGCGUUUACCUCUCCGGAAUGGACACCAGACCUGAAAUUCUUCCAGGGUCUAUGUAACCCCGCCCUUGACUAGCUAAUCCCUUCCAUUUGUCGCGGUUCUUCCCGUCUCCUCCGCUGAGAGUGGCCGGGGCCUAGCAUCCCUUUCCUGCGUCUCCGCUCCCAUUCCGCGGACGCAACACGCAUGCGCAUCCUUUUUCUCCCACCAUCCGUCGUGUAAAUUCUGCGCCCCAACGGCCCGGCAUUCCGCCCGGGCUACGCGUCUCAACUGCCGACGCCAAGGCGUCUCCCUAGCCAACCGGCGUCCUAGCGUCUGCACCGGCUCGUUUUGGGGGAGGUGCCUGCAGGACCCAACGUACUCAAUGAGCUUCCAGCGCAAUGUCCGAUCGCUCGGGGCCGACUGCCAAGGGGAAGGAUGGAAAGAAGUAUUCCUCGCUCAACCUGUUUGAUACGUAUAAGGGCAAGUCCUUAGAGAUCCAGAAACCCGCCGUUGCCCCUCGACAUGGCCUGCAGAGUCUCGGAAAAGUUGCCAUUGCCCGGCGUAUGCCGCCCCCAGCCAACCUUCCAAGCCUGAAAGCCGAGAACAAAGGCAAUGACCCCAAUGUCUCACUAGUGCCGAAAGACGGAACAGGAUGGGCAAGCAAACAGGAGCAGUCCGACCCCAAGAGUUCCGAUGCCUCAACCGCUCAGCCGCCGGAAUCGCAGCCACUGCCGGCUUCACAGACGCCUGCCUCCAACCAGCCGAAACGACCCCCAACAGCCCCCGAGAACACUCCUUCGGUUCCAAGCGGGGUAAAGUCCUGGGCACAGGCCAGUGUCACCCAUGGAGCCCAUGGAGAUGGUGGAAGGGCAUCAAGCCUACUGUCGCGAUUCUCUCGAGAGGAAUUUCCGACCCUGCAGGCGGCUGGCGACCAGGACAAGGCUGCCAAGGAAAGGGAGUCUGCCGAACAGUCGUCUGGGCCCGGACCAAGCCUCCGCCCCCAGAAUUCUACAACUUGGAGGGACGGAGGUGGGCGUGGCCCUGAUGAACUGGAGGGCCCGGACUCCAAACUUCAUCAUGGUCAUGAUCCCCGGGGUGGGCUGCAGCCUUCAGGCCCACCCCAGUUCCCUCCCUACCGCGGAAUGAUGCCGCCCUUUAUGUAUCCCCCAUAUCUCCCAUUUCCUCCACCCUAUGGACCCCAGGGGCCUUACAGAUACCCGACUCCUGAUGGGCCCAGCCGUUUUCCCCGUGUGGCGGGCCCCCGGGGCUCAGGGCCACCAAUGCGCCUUGUAGAGCCUGUGGGUCGGCCUUCUAUUCUUAAAGAAGAUAAUCUCAAAGAAUUUGACCAAUUGGACCAGGAAAAUGAUGAUGGUUGGGCAGGGGCCCACGAGGAGGUUGACUACACUGAAAAGCUCAAGUUCAGCGAUGAGGAAGAUGGGCGAGACUCUGACGAGGAGGGAGCUGAGGGCCACAAGGAUUCCCAGUCAGCUGCUGGUGAGGAACCUGAGACAGAUGGCAAAAAGGGCACCUCCCCUGGCAGCGAACUGCCCCCUCCCAAGACAGCCUGGACAGAGAACUCUCGGCCUUCAGAGACAGAGCCAGCUGCUCCUCCUAUCCCAAAGCCUCCCCCACCUCCACCUCACCGGGGGCCCGUCGGGAACUGGGGGCCCCCUGGGGACUACCCAGAUCGAGGGGGUCCUCCCUGCAAACCCCCAGCACCUGAAGAUGAGGAUGAGGCGUGGCGACAGCGUCGAAAGCAAUCUUCCUCAGAGAUCUCCCUGGCAGUGGAACGGGCCCGAAGACGCAGAGAAGAGGAAGAGCGACGAAUGCAGGAGGAGCGCCGGGCAGCCUGUGCUGAGAAACUUAAGCGUCUUGAUGAAAAGUUCGGGGCACCUGACAAGCGGCUCAAAGCGGAGCCUGCAGCCCCACCUGUUACUCCUCCUGCCCCGGCUCUACCACCUGUAGUCCCCAAAGAGACCCCUACACCUCCAGCUCUGCCACCAACACCAACCCCAACCCCAGAGAAAGACCCUGAGGAGCCAGCACACGCCCCUCCCGUGCAGUCCGCCCCCACUCAGGCUGGGCCUCCAGCCCCCACUCCGGUGAGUGGGGGUGGCACUGCCAGUAGCACCAGCAGUGGCAGCUUCGAAGCCAGCCCAGCGGAACCCCAGCUGCCUUCAAAAGAGGGUCCUGAACCACCAGAAGAGGUUCCUGCACCUACCACACCCCCAGCCCCAAAGGUGGAACCCAAGGGUGAUGGCGUUGGUCCCACUCGCCAGCCCCCCAGUCAGGGCUUGGGCUAUCCCAAAUACCAGAAGUCAUUGCCACCUCGCUUCCAGCGGCAGCAACAGGAGCAGCUCCUGAAGCAGCAGCAGCAGCAGCAGUGGCAGCAGCAGCAGCAACAACAAGGCACUGCCCCUCCUGCCCCAGUGCCCCCAUCACCACCACAGCCUGUGACCCUGGGAGCUGUACCUGCCCCACAGGCACCGCCCCCACCUCCCAAAGCCCUGUACCCAGGUGCUCUGGGCCGGCCCCCACCGAUGCCUCCGAUGAACUUUGAUCCCCGCUGGAUGAUGAUUCCUCCUUACGUGGACCCUCGGCUUCUCCAGGGCCGGCCCCCUCUGGACUUCUACCCUCCGGGUGUGCAUCCCUCUGGCCUGGUUCCCCGGGAACGCUCAGACAGUGGGGGUUCAAGCUCAGAGCCAUUUGAACGCCAUGCACCCCCUCUGUUACGGGAACGGGGCACCCCACCAGUGGACCCCAAGUUGGCCUGGGUAGGAGAUGUCUUUACCACCACACCCACCGAUCCUCGCCCUCUUACCUCACCACUGCGCCAGGCAGCAGAUGAGGAGGAGAAGAGUCUGAGGAGCGAGACUCCUCCAGUACCUCCCCCCCCACCUUAUCUGGCUAAUUAUCCAGGUUUCCCAGAGAAUGGAACUCCUGGGCCCCCAAUCUCGAGAUUCCCUCUGGAAGAAUCAGCUCCCCCAGGACCCCGUCCACUACCCUGGCCUCCAGGCAAUGAUGAGGCUGCCAAGAUGCAAGCUCCACCACCCAAGAAGGAACCCCCCAAGGAGGAACCAGCACAGCUGUCCGGGCCAGAAGCAGGCAGAAAGCCUGCCCGAGGAGUUGGAGGUGGAGGCCAAGGCCCACCACCACCACGCAGAGAGAAUCGCACUGAGACUCGCUGGGGCCCCCGGCCAGGCAGUUGUCGACGUGGCAUCCCUCCAGAGGACCCUGGUGUCCCUCCUCGCCGAGCUGGGCCUAUAAAGAAGCCACCACCCCCUGUGAAAGCAGAUGAGCUGCCUCCUAAGUCCCUAGAACCAGGGGAUGAAACCCCCAAGGCCCCAAAGCCAGAUGCACUCAAGACAGCUAAGGGCAAGGUGGGCCCCAAAGAAACCCCAGCGGGUGGGAACCUGUCUCCUGCGCCUAGACUUCGAAGGGACUAUUCCUAUGAAAGAGUAGGCCCUACGUCUUGCCGUGGUCGGGGCAGAGGCGAGUAUUUUGCCAGAGGAAGGGGUUUCCGGGGAACUUAUGGGGGCCGGGGUCGGGGAGCCCGGAGCCGUGAAUUCCGAAGUUACAGAGAGUUUCGAGGAGACGAUGGACGAGGGGGUGGUUCAGGAGGAACAAACCACCCUUCUGCUCCCCGAGGCCGCACUGCCAGUGAGACACGAAGUGAGGGUUCAGAGUAUGAAGAAAUCCCCAAGAGACGUCGCCAGCGUGGCUCUGAAACAGGCAGUGAGACUCAUGAGAGUGACCUGGCACCCUCUGACAAGGAAGCCCCUCCACCCAAGGAGGGAGUGCUAGCUCAGGUCCCUCUUGCCCCCCCACAACCAGGAGCUCCCCCAUCACCAGCCCCAGCCCGAUUCUCCACUGCCCGAGGUGGUCGUGUCUUCACUCCCAGAGGAGUGCCAUCGCGCCGUGGCCGAGGUGGGGGUCGGCCCCCUCCUGUUUGCUCUGGCUGGAGCCCUCCAGCCAAGUCCCUGGUUCCAAAGAAACCUCCAACAGGUCCUUUGCCCCCAAAUAAGGAGCCUUUGAAAGAGAAGCUGAUCUCAGGGCCUCUGUCCCCCAUGUCCCGAGCUGGCAACAUGGGUGUGGGCAUGGAAGACGGGGAGCGACCCCGGCGGAGGCGACAUGGCAGGGCUCAGCAGCAGGACAAACCACCGCGUUUCCGAAGGCUGAAACAAGACCGGGAAAAUGCUGCCAGAGGCACCGAUGGCAAGCCCCCUCCCCUAACCCUUCCAGCCUCCACCCCUGCACCCACGGAGACGCUGGCCACAGUCGCAGCUCCCCCACCCCCUCGCCGCACAGCUGCUAAGUCUCCUGAUCUGUCAAACCAGAACUCAGACCAAGCCAAUGAGGAAUGGGAGACUGCAUCAGAGAGCAGCGACUUUGCCAGUGAGCGCCGGGGUGACAAGGAGACUCCCCCAGCAGCACUUAUAACCUCUAAAGCUGUGGGGACUCCUGGGGGCAAUUCAGGUGGGGCCGGACCAGGCAUUUCAACCAUGUCUCGUGGAGACCUGAGUCAGCGAGCCAAGGAUCUGAGCAAGCGGAGCUUCUCCAGUCAGCGGCCAGGCAUGGAUCGUCAGAACCGGCGCCCAGGCGCUGGGGGCAAGACUGGCGGUGGUGGCAGUAGUGGAGGUGGUGGUGCAGGCCCUGGGGGACGGACUGGCCCAGGACGAGGGGAUAAGAGGAGCUGGCCCUCUCCCAAAAACCGAAGCCGUCCUCCUGAGGAGCGACCUCCGGGACUUCCUCUGCCUCCGCCACCCCCCAGCAGUUCUGCUGUUUUCCGCCUGGACCAAGUUAUCCACAGCAACCCUGCUGGCAUCCAACAAGCUCUGGCCCAACUUAGCAGCCGCCAAGGAAAUGUAACUGCACCAGGGGGGCACCCAAGGCCUAAGCCUGGGCCUCCCCAAGCCCCUCAGGGCUCCUCCCCUCGGCCCCCAACCCAUUAUGACCCCCCGAGGGCCAGCAACGCUAUCAGCUCUGACCCCCACUUCGAGGAGCCAGGGCCGAUGGUGAGGGGGGUGGGCGGGACUCCCCGGGACUCUGCCGGGGUUAAUCCCUUCCCCCCGAAACGGCGGGAGCGGCCUCCCCGAAAACCGGAGCUGCUGCAGGAGGAAACUGUGCCAGCUUCUCAUAGCUCUGGAUUCUUGGGCUCUAAGCCUGAGGUCCCAGGCCCUCAGGAAGAAUCCAGAGAUUCAGGCACAGAGGCCCUAACUCCCCACAUCUGGAAUCGUUUACAUACUGCCACAAGCCGAAAGAGUUACCAGCCUGGCUCCAUAGAGCCCUGGAUGGAGCCCCUGAGCCCCUUUGAGGAUGUGGCAGGCACAGAGAUGAGUCAGUCUGACAGUGGGGUGGACCUGAGUGGAGGUUCUCAGGUGUCAUCAGGUCCCUGCAGCCAACGAAGUUCCCCCGAUGGAGGACUUAAGGGGUCAGCAGAGGGACCCCCCAGGCGGCCUGGAGGACCCUCACCCCUAAAGGCUGUUCCUGGUGAGAGUUCAUCUGCCUCUGAACCCUCCGAACCUCAUAGGAGACGGCCACCUGCUUCCCAUGAGGGGGAAAGAAAGGAGCUGCCCCGGGAGCAGCCUCUGCCCCCUGGUCCCAUAGGCACAGAACGAUCACAGCGCACAGACCGAGGCCCAGAGCCAGGCCCUCUCCGACCAGCCCACCGAGCGGGCUCUCAAGUUGAGUUUGGCACGACCAACAAGGACUCAGACUUGUGCCUAGUGGUAGGAGACACUUUAAAAGGAGAGAAGGAGUUGGCGGCAUCAGCCACAGAGGCCGUGCCCGUAUCCAGAGACUGGGAGCUGCUCCCCAGUGCUUCUGCUUCAGCUGAGCCACAGGCCAAGAGUCUGGGUUCUGGGCAGUGUGGUCCAGAGCCCAGCCCUUCAGGUCAGCGUCUGUACCCUGAGGUCUUCUAUGGUAGCCCUGGACCUCCGAACUCCCAAGUGCUGGGAUUAAAGAUGUACCCUACCAACUUGCUCAGCUGGAUAAUGCAGGUCUCUGGGGGUGCACCUAUCGACUCCCAGUUACAUCCCAGCAGUGGAGGCUUCCGGCCUGGGACACCCUCAGUACACCAGUACAGGUCACAGCCUCUGUAUCUGCCCCCAGGUCCUGCCCCUCCCUCAGCACUGCUCUCUGGGGUAGCUCUCAAGGGCCAGUUUCUGGAUUUCUCAGCACUGCAAGCCACAGAGCUGGGGAAGUUGCCUGCUGGGGGAGUUCUCUACCCUCCACCGUCCUUCCUCUACUCUGCAGCUUUCUGCCCCAGCCCUUUGCCUGACCCACCCUUGCUUCAGGUACGCCAGGAUCUGCCAUCCCCUUCAGAUUUUUACUCUACCCCUCUGCAGCCAGGUGGCCAGAGUGGCUUCCUUCCUUCAGGAGCCCCUGCGCAGCAGAUGCUUCUACCUGUGGUAGACUCUCAGCUGCCAGUGGUGAACUUCGGCUCCCUGCCGCCAGCGCCACCCCCUGCUCCACCUCCUCUUUCUCUGUUACCUGUGGGUCCUGCUCUCCAGCCCCCCAAUCUGGCUGUGCGGCCCCCACCUGCUCCUGCUGCACGGGUCUUACCUUCACCCGCCAGGCCCUUUCCCGCUAGCUUGGGGCGAGCGGAGCUGCAUCCAGUAGAGCUAAAGCCUUUCCAGGAUUACCGAAAGCUGAGCAGCAACCUUGGGGGUCCUGGGUCAUCACGGGCUCCCCCAUCUGGAAGGUCCUUCUCUGGUCUCAAUUCCCGGCUCAAGGCCCCACCUUCCACCUACAGUGGAGUAUUCCGGACUCAGCGCAUUGACCUCUACCAGCAGGCUUCCCCACCAGAUGCCCUGCGCUGGAUGCCGAAGCCUUGGGAACGGACAGGGCCACCUUCUCGAGAAGGGCCUCCCCGAAGAGCAGAGGAGCCCGGGCCCCGGGGGGAGAAGGAGCCUGGAUUGCCUCCACCCCGCUGAGGGAGUUCCCCUUGACCCCAUCCCCGGGGCUUGUAUAUAGAUUAUAAAUAUAUAAGAGGGAAGGGGUGGGUGGGGAGGGGUCGUGGGUCUGGAGUCUCACUGCCCCUCUUCUCUUCCCCUAGUCCCCUAUCCCUGGGGCCGUUUGUUAAAAAAGAAUAAUAAAAGAAUUUAAAAAAAAGGGAAGUCAAGGGUAGGGGGGAAUAGCAGUAAUGUUUUACACUAAGUUCAGUGACUUACCUGUUAAGUAGUGUAAGGUUUCAGAAUUAAGAAUUUGGAUGAGGUCAGUGGGUACCUAUCUUAGGGGUUCUAUUGCUAUGACCAAGUCAACUCCCACUCCGGUGACACUUUCUCCAACAAAGCCACACCUAAUGAGACUCCAUAUGAGCCUAUGGAGGCCAUUUUCAUUUAAACCACCAUAUUCUACUCCCUAGUCCCCAUAGACUUGUAGCCACAUAUAAAAAUAGAUUCAGUCCAUUUGAAAGUCCCCAUAAUCUGAACCCUGUUUAAAAAUCCAGUCUCUUCUGACAUUCAUUGCAGUCUCUUAGCUGUAACCUUUGUAAAAAGUCAGAUCCUACAUUUUCAGCAUACAGAAUAUACAUUACCAUUCUGACAGCAUAGCGAGGGAAUAGUAGACCAGCACUAGAACAAAAACCAACUGCAAAAUCUGUCUCCAUGUCUUAUCACCAAAGCUUUUCGGAUCUCCGAACUCCAUUUGGCUUGCAGCAACGCACUCUCAGGCUGGUUCUCUCAUCUAUUCCUUCAUCAGCUCUGGCAUCACCAAGAUCUUGGGGUCCCCAAGGCAAUCCAGUCCACAGCUUCCCACUCUGGCUUCUCUAGGCCUCCAUGUAGACACUCCCAAUCUCCUGGAGGAGAUACCAAAGCUGCCAAGUUCUGUUUGCUGGGGCUAGGACAUGGCCACCUUUCCAACUCACCAACUUUCUGUGAUAGUUUCCUUCACUGCCUAAGCUUGACUGUCCUUGAAAAAAUGCCUGCCUUUUGGGAGUUUGGGGGGGGGGGGGAGUGUGUGUCUUGCCUUGAAGCCACCAUUCCCUUUAUUACUCUUGGCACCAGGCUUUUCAUUGUCUAUGCUUCCUCAGGUCCUAAACAGGACAUUUUGUAUUUCCUUCCUCAGCUUGCUUAUUUCCAUGUCUGCACUAUGACCCAAGCACGCAUCAACCAGUACUAGGCUGUCUUUUAAGUUUAGUCUCAAGCAGAUUCCUUUUUUUUGAACAAAGACAGAAAGCCACAGUUUUCAGUAUGGUAUCACAAGAAUGGUCUGUAGGCCACAUACUAAAACCAGACCCCUGGCCCCAAUCCAAUGGCCUUCAACCACUGUCUUCUAUGUUCUUAGCGUGGCCCAUUCAAUCACAAUGCAUUCAGCUGCUUUCCUAAACCAAAGUGCACAUUUCUCCAAGGUCUAUCUCAGGAAUAAUGACCUAGCUUGGGUUUCUAGUGUGGUGAAGACAGCCACUCAAACAUUUAAUUGGGACUGGCUUACAAGUUGAGAGGUCUCGUCCUUCAGCAUGUACUAGAGGAGCCAAGCUUUGUAUGUCUGGGUCAACUGACUUGGCUUCUGAACCUCCAAGCCCCACCCCCUAGUGGCAUUCUCUAAAUAUCGCCACGUGCUGUGAGGCCAUUGCAUUGAAAUCACCUUAGUGUCACAUGGCCUCCCAUGUUCCUGACUUUCUUUGACACGGAACUUGGUUAUCAGGUCAGAUUGCAAAGGGCUCUGAGGGCUGGAAUCGGGCAGCAGAGGCUCAUGGGUGCCAUGAAGCUGCUUCAACUGAGAACUUGAGUAUUUAAAUACCGGUUUUAUAUAAAAGCUCUAAACAGGCUGUAUACACUCCAUAAGGAGAGGAUGAUACGUAUGUGGAGCUAGGUGGGUCAGUUUUUUUUUUUUUUUUUUUUGGGGGGGGGGUCUCCGAAGCUAGGUUUAAAUGUGUAAAAAGGUACUCAACACUACCAGACAAAAGGAGCCAGGAAAAUCCGACUUUUAUUUCUUAAAUACUGUGAAGGAAGGGGGGAAAUGGUCCCCUGGUGAGAAAGCUAGGGGUCAUCAGCAAAUGCCCGGUGGGCAUUAGGGAAGCGCUGGGGGCUGUAGUUGGGAUCUUCCUGCAGUCGUUUUUGAAUAUCAGACCGGAGCUACAAAGAGAAAACACAAGCCUGUCAGGAGCCCGAUUUAGACCUAUGAUCCCAGAAAGCACAAAGACCCUAACCCUUAAAUACUUUCCCCACCAGCCACGCUGGCAAGCCCAGUAUGAGAUUGCUAAGCCUUCCCAAAUGCCACAAGGAAAAAACCCUGACCAUCAAUGGGCAGCCCCCACACUACCAAAUCAUCUCUGAAUAGAUCCAAGGAAGCAGGAACCUGGCCCAACCCCUCCCAAUAGACCAUCCCUAUUCUGCUGCAAAGUGGGGGCACCUGCUGCCUGUAGCUCUCCUGAACCUCUGGUGCCUCCAGGUCCCGGCUCAGGCUCUCGGGGCUUGUCAGGGGCCGAGCUCCGGCUGCCUUAGCUGCCCGGCUCACUGCCUCUGAGAGUAGCAGCUGGGGGCCCUCACCCUGCAUUGUCUGGGGGACAGGUUGAGAGGGAAAAGGGGAUCAACAUCAGACCCAGUGCCACCACCCAGUUCACCCUUUCCAUCAGUUAACCAGUGUAGACUAGUAGAGGGCAGGGAACAGCCUGCACAUGGUUCUGACAGCAAAGAAGGCACCAGCAGGUCAAAGCACCUGGGAUUCAGAGCUAGCUACUCUCCAAGACAAAGUCCACCUUACACACCUAAUCACCUGGGAGAUGACACAGCUGAGGAACCAGAACUGCCAGAAAACAGUAUGUACCAUGUACCAAUGUACCAAUCCUGAACAAGCCUGACUCACAAACAGGCUUUCUAACUAGAUGAAGAGACUGAACUACAAGCAAAAGCUUCUAGCUCAACAAGGGUGCUUGACAGAGACACAUCCUCAGCAGAGACCAACCUUUCGUCUCUUGGCAGGCAUGCCACUGAGGUAGGCAUCACUCAGGGGCGGCUGAGGUUUCACCUUCCGCUGGCUCUGAAUGUCCUGCUGGAUAAUAGGUACCCAUUCCUGGGGAGGAGAGGAUUUGACAUAAUUCCCACAACUUACAGCUCUUGAACCCACUGGAUACCAUCCUGCCACUUACAGGGGGGACUGCAGCUGCCCAGGGCUCUGCAUCGGCUGAAGCUCCAUCCUGUUCGUCUCGGGAACCUCCUUCAGGAGCAGGGGGUGGACCUCGGGACAUGGCUUCUUCUGCUGUUGUUCCGGGGGCUGGGGAAGCAUCCUCUCUCUGGAAGGCAUGGAACAGGAAGGCCCAGACUUCAGAACUCUUUGCCCCAAGCCCCUCUGCUUCCAGCUAUCUACUCCACAUUAUUUGCCUUCUCAAGCAGUACCUGAGGCUCAGGGGAAGUUCUUUCUGCUCCCUGAACUUCCAUUGGCUCUUCAGGAAGUGCCUGUGAAAUUGGUCAAGGAAAUAUAAGGGGUGUGGUGGAAGGGUCAGUCCAGUCCAUCUCUUCAGUUUCUUCACAUCCCAACACCACCCACUAUCCGGUCCCUCACCUGAGGAGGAUCACCAAUCCUGCGCACAUAUCUGAGGAUGGCGUCGGGACCCACGGGCAUGUGCUCUAAGACCACCUGAAGCCUGAGUCCCAUCAUAGUUGUCAGCCAGCUCACCAAGGAUGGAUUCACCCCACGAGACAUGCGGCGCUGAGGGCCAGAAAGCAGAUUGACCACAUAACUCUCAACCUGCUUUUGCAAUCUAUUACAUCCAGGGCAACAGGUAGAGUGUUUGGAGAAGAAAAUUAAAACCCACAGGAUAUAAUAAAAAAGCUGGAGACCUAGAAUUGGGUGGUACUUACAAUUCGGCCAUUGAUGACAGCAGCAAGCUCCAUUUGCUGGCCCCCCAAGCAGUGCAGGUUCAGGGCCAAGCAUUCAAACAGGCCCUGGUUACAUAGCUCCAGCAGCCGGGCUCCAAAUCCACUGUCUGCAGGGAGGAUGGGAGAGGGCACGUGAUUCGGGCAGUCCUGCAUGGACAGUGAACUACCUAGGCUUGGCUGGCCCCCAGCCUGACCUGUACAGUGCAGCACGUGAGCAGCAAUGCUGUUAAAUUGCUCCUGGAGAAAUUCUAAAUUUGUCCGGAUGAUAUCCACACCUGGCUGAACCUGCACCAAAGACUGAGACAAGACACACCAAGAACUCCAACUCAGUACCUUAAGAUCUAAAAGGCAGAGGCAGCAGGGACACCCCCGCUUCCCUACCCAAACACAGGAAGGACACACACACAGGACACUUACGAAACUCUCCCGUACAUACUCUUCCAGCCCCGUGAUCAACGUGUGGGUUGCCAUCUGUAGGGAGCAUCACAGGUCAGCUUUAGCCCACAGCCUUCAAGAGCCUCACUCCUACCCUACAACUGCAAGGCUUGAGCUGAAGCACAGCUAACACUGACUGACAGGCAGGAGGCAAGAGUAAAUAAAGGUGGGAAGGAGGAAACCCCUGGGUCUGGGCUUUCACUCACCCGGAUGUUGCUGGACGUGGGCUCCUGGCCACCCAGGUAGUGCUGGUGGAAGAAAGAUCGUAGCUGUGGCUGGAGCCGCUGUAGUGGCUGGAAAUGGCCAUGGAGAAGCAUCACCACAUCCACCAUGGAGAAAUUCUGGCACAGAAGAGAGAGCAGAGCUCCAAAGAAUCCUAGGGAAAGGGGCAGAAGUGAGAGAUUACCUUACCUCCUUGCCUAGCCCCACACACCAUCAGUGAAUCCCAUCUUACUAGCAGAAAGGCCAUAUCUCCCCAGGCUGCUAUUUCCCCAAACUGUAACACCCACAUUUUGCUUACCAAGGGCGCCAUCAGCCCCAGGCUCAAAGAUGUUGCUGGAUCCACUGAGGCGUUGGAUGAAGGCAGCAAUACUCUCGCUGCUGCCAGCACGAGCCCCCAAGGAGCCCAGGAGAGAGCUCAACACGCCCUGCACCACUGAGGUGAAAAACUCUGGUGGCAGGCUCUCAGGACCUAAGCCCCCAGGACUCGCUGUCCCACCAGAAGGGGAUCCUGGAGGCGGUGUGGUCUGCUGCUCUGGAGCAGGAGGUGGGGGUGGAGGAGGUGGAGGGGGUGGAGGGGCAGCCUGUGAUGCCUAGAAGAAGGGAUUAAGAAUAGAAGACAAGACCACAGGGUCAAGAAUAUAACACUGCACUGUGGACACAAAACAGCAGGCAUGUAGGAAGGUGAGAGAGCUAGGUUCUGAUGCUGACUUUAAAAACAAACAAAGACCUAGUUUACUCCUGUAUUUACUGUGUAUGGGCGUUUUGCCUUCCUGUAUGUCUGUGAAAUGUAUAUGCCUGGUUCCCACAGGGACCAGAAGAGGGUGUUGAAUCCCCUGGAAUUGGGGUUACAGAUGGCUGUGGACCACUAUGUGGGUGCUAAAAAUCAAACCCAGGUCCUCUGCAAGAGCAGCAAGAGCCAGUUCUAACCUCAGCUCCUUAGGACAUGAAUGGACAAGUCACACCAGAGCCGUGACAGCGCUGGCUGUUGGCUCAGCAGAAUCAUCUCUAAGAGCCGUCCCUCAGCAGCCAUAGGAUGACAACUGAAUGCUACUGUUCUACUGGUCUGGAGACAAAAAGGAUGGUACAGCCACUCACCUGCAAAAACUCAGUCAUGCCCUGGAGAAAAGCAGGAACUCCAGGCACUGCCACAGUGAUGGUGGGAGAAGCCAGGCUUGGGCCCCCAGCCCCUGGCCCUGCAGGCCCCAGCAGAUUUCCCAGGAGCUGAGAGAACUGAAGAUCAGCCGCAGAGGGCUGAGGAGGUGGAGGCUGGGCGGGACCCCCAGGAGCAGGGCCGGCUGUGGUGGCUGUGUUGGUAGUGCCAGCACUAGCUGAAGCAGUGGCCGGAGCUGGGGCCGGAGCUGGGGCUGGGGCCGGGGCCUGUGCCUGGGCCGUAGCCGGAGCUGAAGCAGAAGCCGGAGCCAUUCCUGGAGUCCCCUGAGCUGUCAGAAACCAAGAAGAGUACAAUGUUAACAAGCGCCACAUUCUAGCUGCCUCGUUCCCGUCGCGUCUUUACAGCAGGAGAACAAAGACUAAUAUUUUAUAGGGUCUAGGGGUAACCAGUGAGCAGGACAGGGAGGGCCACCAAAGACAGCUGCCUGAGUGCUCCUUUGCCCAGGCUAACUUACAAGUUAAGUUUAUAGGCUAGGAUGUUCUUGAACUUAGUUUUCCUCUAGUCCCAGCCUCCCAGGCGCUGGGUUAAAUAAAGCAUGCACCGUCAUACUCAGUGGCAGCUGGAGAUACCUGACGUUUGAGCUAGGGAAGGACAGGACUCACCCACAAGAACAGGCUGCAUGAGAAGUUGCCCCACAAGGCCGCUCACCAUCUGGGCCAAUGAAGUGUUUGUACCCAGCCCAGCACCCUGCUGGGGGACAAGAGGAUUCAGUCUUGUCCUUCCAACAAUCCACCAGGAUUUCCCCACUGGUACUUCCCCCAACCCUUACUCACUAGAGCUCCAGAGACUGGAGGGCCCCCAGGAUGGGAAGGCCGAGCCUGUGGAGGAGUGGGUCGGGCAAUCACCACCCGAGUUGGUGCUGUUGGGAAGCCGGGCACCUGCUGUCCUGUGUGUAGCAAAAAGAGAGACCAAAGAGAGCUGAGGGUUCAGUCCUUACCUUCCAGCAGACAAUACCCACCACCAUGAACUAUGCCCCACCUCCCAGUCCUCCCCUUCCAGGUCAUUACCUGCGGCCGCGGAGGCAACAGCUGCCACCAUGGCCUGAUGAGUGAUCUGGUGGGCGACGGCGUGCAUGAACUCAGGGGGCAGGGAGGGCAGCUGGAUGAGGGUGGAGCCUGGGGGGUGGGUCUGAUGUAACCUUGAACCUGGACCCCUUCAGCCCACCCACUCAGCCCUACCCCUUUGUCUACCCGGAGCUCUCGGCCUACACUGAUAACCUCGUUCUUACCCAGGCUCUGUCCAUGACCAGGAGGUCCCAGGGGGCCAGUGGGAGCACUGGGCACACCUCCAGGCUGUGCUCCGGAGUCUGAGCAAGGAAGACGGAAAAAUGUGGCAAUGUAAGGCCGAACCAAGGUUUGGCUUUUUCCUCUUGUUCCACCCACCCUUCAUGCCUCCAAAACCCUGCCCUUUCCCCACGGCAACAGGAGGCUGAGUUCCCUUCACAUAAACCCAAGGCCAAAACACCUCCUUCAUGCCCCUCCCACAUAGCACUGGCCUUCUCUCCCUGCUCCUGCAGCUCUUUUCUGCCAGUAAUGUCCUCACUCACCUUGAAUGUUCAUGUGCAUCAUGACCACAGGUUCCACACUCUGGUGGGAAAUCCGGAUGACCCGUGGAUGGCUGGUGGCUGGUGGUGGUGCUGGCCCUGGUGGGGGAGCUCCUUCCGUUGAUGAAUCAACAGUGGCAGAAGAUGGAGGAAGGGAUGAGGCCUGGCCAGAACCUGGGGAUGCUGCCUCUGCACCGGGAGCUGGUGGAGGCCGAGCCCCAUUGCCUGUCAUGGUCACAGUAGUCCCCACAUUGAUCUGGAUGAGAUGGACAGACAGAAAGAUGUGAGAAACACAUCUCUGCCUGGAGAGUCACCUGUAAAGACUACAGCUUCAUCACCACAGCUUUUCCCCAGCUUCUUGCUCAAUAGCCUCCUAGCCAUGUGGGUCACCCUCCUGUUCCACACCCCCUUCUCCCAGCAGCCAUGUGGGUCAUCCUCCUGUCCCACAUCCAGAUCUCCCUCCAGUCAGGCUUACACCCACCUGAAUGGGAAUGGCUGCCUGCUGGAGCACCAUGGGAGUCGUGUAGUGAGACAUAGGCCGUACCACAUGCAGGUGCCGUGGGGGUGCACAGGCUAGAUUACAGCGCAGAUCAGACAAUGCCACGAAAGUGUUGCCCAGUAGCCGCAGGCUCUCCCCCACCAAGUUAAUCAACCUCUGGUCCUCUUCUCGGCCCUCAUGCUGUGCCCAGGUCAAACCCAGAAAAGCAUGAAGUUAAGAACAAGGUUGAUUGCCUUCUGAGACUAUGCCAUGUCCCCUGCCUUCAGAAGCUUCUGUAUGAACCAAAGCUUUUCCAGGAAAAAUUUCAAAUAAAUUCUAUUCAGCACACA